AAACAUCCUUAAAGCUCGUUUUUGAAAAUAUACUCCUAAUAUGCUCCAAAGUGUGAAGCCAAGGCGACCAUUGUGCCUCCCUCUACUAAGAUUGCCCUUUGCCACAAUGUGCACAAAGAAUAAAGAUGAGUUCUACUCAGAGAAUAUUGACACAAACAGAGAGAAGUUCAGCAUUGAAAGACUAGUCAAGCAAGCACAGAAAGAAGAAAAGAGGAAGGUCAGUGAAUACCAUGAUGUAGAUCAAUACAUCCAUGAGCAACAAUUUGAUCACAGAGAAAUCGAGCAAGAUGAGAACUCUGAUGAAGAACUCGAUUCUAUUAUUGAGACAGAUCAGAUACUUAAGGAGUUUUAUGAGAACCCAACACAAGCUAGUCAUAAUAAGAUAAUCAGACUCUUCAAAUGCUUAGUCAGAAUAGAAGAAAUGGUUAAUUUUGGAGAUUCUCCUAUUAUGUCUCAUGAGGAUGAGCAAAACUCUGAAAUUAUGGAAGUCAUGAGAGAUGCAGUGAGCUCACAGAUUCCUUUCUUCUCAGAUAUUAAGCAAGUUGAAUCACUUGCUCAAAUAGCAUUUGAUAUUGGAUUGCCUAGUAAAGCUUUCUGGGCAUCAAUCUCCCAUAUAAUAGCUACUGCUCAUCAAGAGCUUGACAUUGACACCACAAUUUCAUUACUUUAUCUUCUCUACAGACACUACCAGGGUUCAAAAAUAUUGGUGAACAAGGAUUACAUCGAAGGUAGUGACUUCAACAAGCUCAAAGUCGCUCACAGAUACACUUAUGAUUAUGUCAUGAAUUAUUUGCAAGAAGAAAUCGACUCAGUCAUGGCUGAGCUCGAAACCUCAGCUGUAUUUAGAAUCCUUGAUCUUGCCAGAAUUCUCUAUCUCAGUAAAGUGUGCAAACUUGACCUAUUUAUUGAUGAACUAGCUCAAGAUAAACUUGUCUUAUACCUUGAUAAAUGAGUUUCAGGGGCAGAAAUUCUAGAGGAAGACAUAGCAGAUGAAAAUGAGCUGGUAAAUGAAUACAUUGACAACCUCAACCAAUUUACUAAAGACUUUAAGCUAGUACAAUGAUUUGACCUCUUAGACAUCAUCGAAAGCUCUAAAGAUAUUCUCCAAGGAAAAGCAGACUUACUAAAAUUUGUGAUUUACCAGAUUACUGAGAAUAUGAGAGAGCCUGAUUUCUAUAAAGGAAGUCUACUAAGAAACUCAAACUCCAGCAUUACUUAUUCAAGAGUGUCUCAGUUACUUUCUUUAGUAAAAUCUUUUGGCAUCGAAGGAGAAGAACUUGAAGAUGCACUAAAAGUAUCAGAGUUCUUACUCAUGAAAGCAAUCAGCAUUUCAGACAGAGAGAUUAAAGAACAACCAGAACUAACAGGAGCCAUUAUUAAAACAGAGGAAGAGCUACUAGCAGGGAACGAUGAGACCCAAAUCGGAACUAUCAAGUUUCAGGAAGAAACACUUGAGCAAUUGAGCUUGAUUACCCUCGAAUACGAGUCACUAGCUAAGCCAAAGGAGACUUUAACUUCCUUACUAACAUUUGAGGCUGAUUUCAUUAUCAAAUCAUACCUUAAGACUGCUUUAAAAGAAAUCAACGAUCAUAGUGGAGACCAUGUUAGCGAGAAUGUUAACAAAAUUCCUUCAAGGAUAAUUAAUAAGUAUAUUGAGUUCCAAGUGAUGUUAGCCAGACUAUGUGAUUUGUCCAGCAUGGAUCUUCAUCAAGAUAAAAUGACUAUAAUCAAACAGAAUUAUCUCAGGAUCAUCAAUCUGGUGUUACAUAAUGAGUCCUUCCAAGAAUGUGUCGACGAGAGGGUUUACUACGUUCUAAAAUCAGUGCAGGGAAUAGGUCUUCUUGAAGAAAGAAUUCUCGAUCAAGUGCUGGAAUUAGUCAAAAGAAGGAUCUAUACCUAUCAGCAGCUAGCAAAUUGGGAGAAUUAAGAUCAAAUAAAGAAAUAUUAAAAUGCUUUUGGCUCAAUUUAUUAAUUCAAAGUUACAUUGACACAUUAUUAAAGAAUUUUAGUCUUCCAACGAACUUUCUAAAACUUUUGUGGGAUAUUGCUAAAUCUUUUUCUUUUCUUAUAAAUAUCUAUCUCCCUUACUUCUCUGAAAAACUAGUAGAAAUUAUCAUAAUUUUUAUCAAGCUCCAAGAGCUUUGAGAUAUGUCCCAUUCAUACGCUUUAUUUUCUCUGAAGGAAUUUUAUUUUUAG